CUUUCCCUUGGCUUCCCUCCACAUCCCAGCAGGAGCCCCAUGCUGGGCUGGACCCCGGCACCCGCAGGCCUCGCCCCUCGCCCCAGAGGAGCCCCCCGGCCAUCUACCCGGAGCCCAUGCCAUUUUCGGACGAGGAACGGAGCCUCCAGGGCAUCUACAAGCCCACAGCCCCCCGGCAGCAUGGACAGCCUGGGACCGGCCGGGACCCCAGCGGCUAUACCAAUCACACCUUUGUCUUCGACGACGGCAGCGCCCGAAGGGCCCACCCCAGGCUGCAGAGCCAGAGUGGAGGGGGAGGAGGAGGAGAAGGCGACAGAGACAGCGGCUGCAAGAGCGGAGUGCUCCUGGACAUCACCUCUCUCAAAAUGAACGAGCUGGACUCCGAGGUGCUGCCCUUGCCCCCCCGCUAUCGGUUCCGAGACCUGCUCCUGGGAGACCAGUCCUUCCAGAACGACGACAGGGUUCAAGUAGAAUUCUAUGUCAACGAAAACACUUUUAAAGAACGACUCAAGCUGUUCUUCAUCAAAAACCAAAGAUCAAGUCUAAGAAUAAGGCUAUUCAACUUUUCUCUGAAGCUGCUUACCUGCCUCCUCUAUAUUGUCAGAGUCCUGCUUGAUGACCCAGCCAAAGGAAUAGGAUGUUGGGGCUGCAAAAAGCAGAAUUAUACGAUAUUCAACCAGUCGUCUGCUGAGAUAGAUUGGGCCCCCAUCUUAUGGGUGGACAGGGAAAUGCCACUCUGGGCAAUUCAGGUGAUAGUGGCUCUGAUAAGUUUUCUUGAGACGAUGCUCCUCAUCUAUCUCAGCUAUAAGGGAAACAUUUGGGAACAGAUAUUUAGGGUUUCUUUUAUCCUGGAAAUGAUCAACACCGUGCCCUUCAUCAUUACAAUAUUCUGGUCCCCUUUACGGAAUCUCUUUAUCCCCGUUUUUCUGAACUGCUGGCUGGCCAAGCACGCCUUGGAAAACAUGAUUAACGACUUUCAUCGUGCUAUCCUGAGAACCCAGUCAGCCAUGUUCAACCAAGUCCUGAUUUUAUUCUGCACUCUACUCUGCCUGGUUUUCACAGGAACGUGUGGUAUUCAACAUUUGGAAAGAGCGGGUGAUAACCUAUCACUUCUCACGUCCUUUUAUUUCUGCAUCGUCACCUUUUCCACUGUUGGAUAUGGAGACGUCACCCCCAAAAUCUGGCCUUCCCAACUCCUGGUGGUGAUCAUGAUAUGUGUUGCCCUUGUGGUACUGCCUCUUCAGUUUGAGGAACUGGUGUAUCUCUGGAUGGAAAGGCAGAAGUCCGGAGGCAAUUACAGCCGUCACCGAGCCCAGACCGAGAAGCACGUUAUACUUUGCGUCACAUCUCUCAAAAUCGACCUUCUCAUGGACUUCCUUAAUGAAUUUUAUGCCCACCCCCGCCUCCAAGAUUACUAUGUCGUGAUACUUUGUCCAACAGAAAUGGAUAUUCAGGUUCGAAGAGUUCUCCAGAUUCCACUGUGGUCCCAAAGAGUUAUCUAUUUGCAGGGAUCAGCCCUGAAGGACCAGGAUCUCAUGAGAGCCAAGAUGGACAACGGUGAGGCCUGUUUCAUCCUAAGUAGUCGGAAUGAAGUGGACAGAACUGCAGCGGACCACCAAACCAUUCUGAGAGCCUGGGCCGUGAAGGAUUUUGCUCCCAACUGUCCCCUCUACGUGCAGAUUUUAAAGCCUGAAAAUAAGUUUCACGUCAAAUUUGCUGACCAUGUGGUUUGUGAAGAGGAGUGUAAAUAUGCCAUGCUGGCCCUCAACUGCCUCUGCCCUGCCACGUCCACGCUCAUCACACUGCUGGUUCACACAUCCAGGGGACAAGAAGGUCAGGAGUCCCCGGAGCAGUGGCAAAGGAUGUAUGGUCGUUGUUCAGGGAAUGAAGUUUAUCACAUCCGGAUGGGAGACAGCAAGUUCUUCAUGGAGUACGAAGGGAAAAGUUUUACCUACGCGGCCUUCCACGCACACAAAAAAUAUGGCGUGUGUCUGAUUGGGCUGAAACGGGAGGACAACAAAAGCAUCCUGUUGAACCCGGGUCCCCGGCACAUCAUGGCCGCGUCAGACACCUGCUUCUACAUCAACAUCACCAAGGAAGAGAACUCAGCUUUCAUCUUCAAGCAGGAGGAGAAGCAGAAGAAAAAGGGGUUUGCUGGCCAGGGGCUGUACGAUGGGCCCUCUAGACUGCCUGUUCACAGCAUCAUUGCCAGUAUGGGAACAGUUGCAAUGGACUUGCAGAACACAGAGUGCCGCCCUGCAAACAGCAGCAAACUCACGUUGCCCACGGAAAACGGCUCGGGCAACCGAAGGCCAAGUAUCGCCCCUGUCCUAGAGCUGGCUGACAGCUCCUCCCUCCUGCCCUGUGAUCUCCUGAGUGAUCAAUCGGAAGAUGAGAUGAUGCAGUCUGACGACGAAGGGCUCACCGUUCUGGAGUACGUGAAAGGCUACCCCCCAAACUCUCCCUACAUUGGAAGUUCACCCACACUGUGCCAUCUGUUGCCUGUGAAAGCUCCUUUCUGCUGCUUGAGGCUUGAUAAGGGCUGUAAGCACAACAGCUAUGAAGAUGCUAAGGCCUACGGCUUUAAGAACAAACUGAUUAUCGUUUCCGCAGAGACCGCUGGGAACGGACUGUAUAAUUUCAUUGUUCCACUCCGGGCCUACUAUAGGUCCCGGAAGGAGCUAAACCCAAUUGUGCUGCUGCUAGACAACAAGCCUGACCACCACUUUCUAGAAGCAAUCUGUUGCUUCCCCAUGGUGUACUACAUGGAAGGCACAAUUGAUAAUCUAGAUAGCUUGUUGCAGUGUGGCAUCAUCUACGCUGACAAUUUGGUGGUGGUGGAUAAAGAGAGCACCAUGAGCGCCGAGGAAGAUUACAUGGCAGACGCUAAAACGAUCGUCAACGUCCAGACGAUGUUUAGGUUGUUUCCAAGUCUUAGUAUUAUUACAGAGCUGACUCACCCUUCCAAUAUGAGAUUCAUGCAGUUCAGAGCCAAGGACAGUUAUUCUCUGGCUCUUUCCAAAUUGGAAAAACGAGAAAGAGAAAAUGGAUCCAACCUGGCCUUCAUGUUCCGACUGCCUUUUGCGGCUGGGCGAGUGUUCAGCAUCAGCAUGUUGGAUACGCUGCUCUACCAGUCAUUUGUGAAAGACUACAUGAUUACAAUUACCAGAUUGUUACUGGGUCUGGACACCACCCCAGGUUCAGGCUACCUCUGUGCGAUGAAAAUUACAGAUGAUGACCUGUGGAUUCGGACCUACGGGCGUCUAUUCCAGAAGCUGUGCUCCUCCAGUGCGGAGAUUCCAAUCGGAAUCUACAGGACAGAAUCCCAUAUGUUCUCCACCUCCGAGCCUCAUGACAUCCGAGUCCAGUCGCAAAUCUCAGUCAACGUGGAGGACUGCGAAGACACGAGGGACGUCAGGGAGUCCUGGAGCGCCAAGCCGAGCCACCACCACCGCAACUCCUGCUCCAGCGACCAGUCUGAGCACCCUCUGCUGCGGCGCAAGAGCAUGCAGUGGGCUCGCCGACUGAGCCGGAAAGGACACAAGCACACAAGUAAGACGGCUGAGUGGAUCAGCCAGCAGAGGCUGAGCCUGUACCGGCGGUCGGAGCGGCAGGAGCUGUCUGAGCUGGUGAAAAACCGCAUGAAGCACCUGGGCCUGCCUACGACUGGAUACGAGGAUGUAGCAAAUUUAACAGCCAGUGAUGUGAUGAAUCGGGUAAACCUUGGAUAUUUGCAAGAUGAAAUGAACGAUCACCAGAACACGCUGUCCUACGUCCUCAUUAACCCUCCUCCCGACACAAGGCUGGAGCUCAAUGACAUUGUGUAUUUAAUUCGCUCUGACCCCUUAGCUCACGUAUCCAACGACUCUCACAGUCGAAAAAGCAGCUGCAGCAAUAAGCUGGACCAGUGUAAUCCUGAGACAAGAGAUGAAACACAGCUCUGAAGGCCCUCUGCACUUACUCUAACAUCUCUCUUGAUUGUUAAUGCAUGGAACCAUCUCCAGAAGUUUGUUUUUAUUUGUGUUUCGGAGGGAAAAUGAUGAAAAAGAAAAAACUCAUGGUGAUGUGCAGUUUGAAAGUUUCAAAUGAAAACUGGAGACCAGGGAAUCAGUAAGCUGCCAGAGAACUUUCAUUGCACUAAAAAAACGCAAUUCCUAACCUGAAAUCAGCCACUCAGAAAUGCCCGGAAAAGAAGUUCCUUCAACUUCAGAUUCAGAGAAGACCUGCCCUUCUGAACAGCAGGAAGUUCCUAGAUUGAAUAUUUUUAACCUUUUUAAACUACACA